AUGGACAGUCAUAAAAAUGAGCGUGAAACUUCCCCAAAUUACAUUCCAUGGAUCAAUGUCUACGGUCGCUGCAAUUCGCAGCGCCGUGCACGUGUUAUUCGCAAUAUUGUGGCGGCUUGUACUAGAUCGUACCUAUUACUAUCAGCCAAACGUAGAUCCAUAUUCGCAAUGAGCCAACACGUUUUGGUGAGUGAUAUGCCUUUAUUGCAGCGUAGUUAG